AUGCAGGUUGUGAGUGCUAGAGAUGUUGAUUUCACCAAGAAGUCCGAGUUCAAAGAAUCCGACUAUGUAUUCUUCAACUACAACGACCUCAAGGUCGGAGCAAAAAUGCCAAUUUACUUCGGAGGUGCAUUCGACACCGAAAUCCCACAUUUUCUUCCUAAGGAUAAAGCCGAAAUGAUCCCAUUCUCAUCCCAAAAACUCCCAUUCCUCCUUAACUAUUUCGGUUUCCAACCCGAAUCACCUCAAGCUAAAGCCAUGGAAUACAAUCUCAAAAAAUGCGAGGGAGAAAUCCCCGACGCUAAAGGAGCCAAAAAAUGUGUCACCUCCUUAGACUCCAUGAUCGAUUUCGUUCGCCAAACCUUUAAAACUAGUUCUACAAACAACGGUGGUCAAUUAUUUGAUGACCUUAAGGUGUUGAGUACUAGUCCACUCCCGAAAUCGGCUAAAGUAUUCCAACCUUACACAAUCAUUGAACAACCAAAAAAUAGUACCUAG